GACCUCGCGGAGCACAGGAAGAAGAAGCUCACGCUGUCUGGUGCUGCUGGUACUGGCUGCUAACUUGCUCGGUUGUACAUCAUGGCUGCUUCUAAGCCAGUCGAGCCACAGUCCGGGACUGGACUACCCCGCUGGCAGCUGGCACUUUUAGUCGGGACUCCUAUAGUGCUGGGAGUGGGGGCGGUCUACCUGUGGAACCGCAGCAGGACGAACGAAAGGAAAGGGACCGGGGAGCGGAAAACACCAGAAGGCAGCGCGAGCCCCGUGCAGGGCCAAGACGGCGCGACUCCAGCCGGCCUCGAGCAGGAGAACAUGAGCCCGUUGGAUCGGGCCCAAGCAGCAAAGAACAAGGGCAACAAGUACUUCAAGGCUGGCAAGUAUGAGAACGCCAUCCAGUGCUACACAGAGGCUAUUGCUCUCUGCCCAACAGAGAAAAAGACUGAUUUGUCAACAUUUUACCAGAACAGAGCAGCAGCCUACGAACAACAGAUGAAAUGGACAGAAGUGGUCCAGGACUGCUCGCAGGCUGUGGGAAUGAAUCCACGCUAUAUCAAGGCUCUGUUCAGGAGGGCCAAAGCUCUGGAAAAACUAGACAACAAGAAGGAGUGCCUAGAAGACGUCACAGCGGUGUGUAUUCUUGAGGCCUUCCAGAACCAACAGAGCAUGCUGCUAGCAGACAAAGUGCUGAAACAGUUGGGAAAAGAGAAGGCCAAAGAUAAAUACAAGAACCGUGAACCGAUGAUGCCCUCUCCUCAGUUCAUCAAAUCCUACUUUAGCUCGUUCACGGAUGACAUCAUCUCACAGGCCCUGCUGAAGGGGGAGAAGAAAGAUGAAGACAUGGACAAGGAGGGCGAGGCAGCCGACAUCACUGAGAGCUGUGGCUACCUGAAGGCUAAGCAGUACAUGGAGGAGGAGAACUACGACAAAAUCAUCAGUGAAUGCACCAAGGAGAUUGAGUCAGGUGGCCGAUACACUGCAGAGGCCCUGCUACUGCGUGCUACAUUCUACCUGCUGAUUGGUAACGCUACUGCUGCUCAGCCUGAUUUGGACCGGGUGAUCAACAUGCAGGACGCCAAUGUGAAGCUACGAGCCAAUGCUUUGAUCAAGCGGGGAAGCAUGUACAUGCAGCAGCAGCAGCCUAUGCUCUCUACACAAGAUUUCAACAUGGCGGCCCAGAUUGACACCCAAAACCCAGAUGUCUAUCACCACAGGGGUCAGCUGAAAAUCCUUCUGGACCAGGUGGAUGAGGCGGUGGGAGACUUUGAUGAGUGCAUCCUGCUCAGGCCCGACUCUGCUCUCGCACAGGCUCAGAAAUGCUUCGCUCUUUACAGACAAGCAUAUACUGGAAACAACCCGUCACAAGUGCAGACGGCCAUGGACGGUUUUGAGGAUGUCAUCAGAAGGUUCCCCAAGUGUGCUGAGGGCUACGCUCUUUAUGCCCAGGCUCUGACUGACCAGCAGCAGUUUGGAAAAGCAGACGAGAUGUAUGACAAGUGCAUUGAACUGGAACCAGACAACGCAACCACAUAUGUCCACAAGGGUUUGUUACAGCUUCAAUGGAAACAAGACCUUGACUUGGGUCUAGAGCUCAUCAGUAAGGCCAUUGAAAUUGACAACAAAUGUGACUUUGCCUAUGAAACUAUGGGAACCAUUGAAGUUCAAAGGGGAAAUCUGGACAGGGCAAUCGAAAUGUUCAACAAGGCAAUUAACCUAGCCAAGUCUGAGAUGGAGAUGGCCCACUUGUACUCGUUAUGUGAUGCAGCAUACGCCCAGACCGAAGUGGCAAGGAAGUACGGGCUGAAACCUCCAACACUGUAACGUCUCUGCCAAUCCAUCGCCAAGCUCAAUUUUCAUUGCUGAACCUAACUGUGGUUAUAUGCAACUGUCUGACUUGCUUAAAAAAAGAAAAGGAAAAAAGAAAAGAGUACUGGAUUAUGAAACAAAAAAGGAAGAGCCCUGAAUAUAUAUACUGUGUUUACAUCAAAUUAAUGGGUUUAUUGAGAAGGAUUUCUAUUCACAAUCGAGCCACGGCUAUGAUCCAGGCUUCUGUUUGACUUGGUUUGUCACGGUGGGGGCUCUUAACUGACACAGCCCUUUUCUGACACUCAAUUCAACCAGAUCAUUGUCAUCAAACCUUUUUACUGCUCAGAAUAAAGAGAAAGAAAUUGCAAUCUACAGAGAAAAACAUACAUGAAUGGCCACCUAUACCUGUCUAAAUUAAUAGUAACUAUGUGAAACGUAAGUGAACUGAGAUGUGUGCAGUCUGUCGAACCAAUUACUGACUUUAAAGCUUUUGUGACACUUAAAAUCUACAGAAUAUACUGUGAGAGCUUUAUGUAGUUCUAAUGGACUGUUCACAUUGUUAAUUUAUGCUGAUCUAAAGUGUUGUCUCUAAUCACACACUAUCAGUUCUGAAUGCAAGGUUAAAAGUUCAGUCAAAUGUGUUAAUGUCUGUGUUUGUUAUGCUGGAAUUGAUCCUACGGAUACUGGGCCAUAGAGAGGUUUAGUUUAGCAUCCGGAAAUGUUUUUUGUUUUUUUUAAUUAUGGGAUUGCCUGUUUUCUUUCUUUUUUAUAUACUUUGUGCAGCAUGUUCACUUUAUAAAUAAAUGUAAAUGCAAUGCUCGUGCUGUCUUGAACACUAGGAUAACCCCAACUAUAAGAGACUUUUGGCAAAACACUUUUGAUUAGAAAAACUUAACCAACAUCUUUUGGUUUUUUGAAAAUGUUAUUUUUGAAUAGUCUUUAGUAUAAGAAGAUGUCACAAGGGAUUGGGCUUUUCAGUGGUUUACUUUAAUCAAACCUGAUUUAUUUUCUAUUUUAUUGUAAAAAGAUUAUUUUUCAUGCUACAUUACAGCUUACGACAGAGUAACCUUACAACAGUUGUUUUAUUUUUUCUGUCCUUUUCAAAUUCUAUUCUCACAACCCAAGCCUUAUUGUUUCUAACCCUCAUGCAGCCCUGAUAAUAUCUUGGUCCAAUGUAUGAUAUGGUACUCAAGUAAAAAUAAAAUUAGCCAGCACUGCUGAAUGUUUGGAGUGUUUUCAACUUUUAGAAAACUAAAUUCUAAAUGUUCUGUGACAUUAAUUUAUCUAGCAGCAGUUAUGGCUACAUUUUAUUGAAUGUGUGGUAAUACCAAGGAACCAAAUCCUGCAUUCCAGCUGUAGCUGGUGAGGACUUAAACUUACAGAAACAAACUGGAGAAACUGAUGUAACCGUCAGCAGGUACCCACAAAAUUAUGUCUGUCUAAUAGAAAAGACACUGACAUUCUUCAUCAGUGAUAUGUAUGGUGACCAAAGUAAAAGAGAAAAUGAAUCCUAAUAAAGUUAUUAUUCCUGGAA